AAAAGAUGAUAGAAGAGUUUAUCAGAUUUUAUCACUGUGUUUUGUGUGUAAUAAACUGCAUUUCUAAGUAAGUAUUAUACAAUAUUACAACAUUUUAAAUUCAGAGAUUAAAAACUACAUACAAUUCUCUGUGGUUAAGCAACACUGACAGUUGACAGCCCUAUUAGAUGUUGUUAGUGUUACAUGUACAUGGCAUAUUUUGUGUGGUUCUGUUUGAUUAACAAAAAAGCUACAAAUAUGGUUAUGAAGCUUAUUUUACUUAGAAUGUUCAUGGAUGUGCAGCAGGAAAUUCAAAUUUACCCUGAGAAGAGACUUGUUGCUCACAGAUUCCAUUUCAAGUAGUUCAUGACUAUACUUAGUUUAGGCAUUAACUCAGCAUAUUCACUGGCCAAGUGUGAAGCCUUUGGGUGAUGACUGCUUUUAGAUAAACGGGACCCAUUCAAGUACUAAAAAAGUUACUUUUUAGUUCAGGUCUUACAUUUUUGUAUUCUUUGUUGUUGGAAAGUACUAACACAGUGAACGGUUCUUUUGCAAUCUCUUUAUCUAUUUAGUAAUAACCUAUGGGAUCAUACUAAAACACAGCAUUCAUUUGAUCCCCACGUGCCAGCACCUCACCCUCCCAGACCAAGGAUAGGUUAAAAAUAACCCUUCCAUGUGUUCCCUGUAUUCUGUUAUUUAGGACAUCAAGACUUGGUUGUCAUUUUACAAAACUUACAAAUUACAGAUUGGUACCAAUACUAAUUUUUAAUCCUUAAAUUACUGUUUGAUAGAAAAUUUUAUGUUAAAUAUGUUUAGAUAAAGUAUUUUAUUGAGAAGGUAACCAUAUAAACUGACAAACUGGUUAACCACAUAGAAUCACAAGAAUCACAUGGAACACAAAGUUUUGAUGUAAGGAAAAUACAAAGGAAGGACAAGUUCAUUGUAACUUAUUUAUUUAAAAAAAAAAAUGUAGGUAUCAGACUUUUCUAGAUUGUCAAAUGUGUUUAUUAAUGUACAAUUCAAUUCCGUGCAAGACCAAAAACAACUCGAAUUCAAACAAUAACAAGGUUGUUUAGGAGUAGACUAUGCUUUUGUAGACUUUGGAUUGCCCAACACAUGACACUUGUCCCAGUUGAAAUAUUCCACCAUUGAAAUCUCACUGUACAGGAAAGGGUAGCGGUGUUAUGGUAUCAUGACACAACACAUAGAUUCAAAGGGGUGGGGGCUUUUCGGUCUCCAAAAAUGAAUCGUGAAAACAAGUGGAUAGGAAUUUGUGCUCUGAUUGGUUGAAGCAAGGGCAUGUAACCGACCGGCCAAGGGUCGUAUAAAGACCAGGGCCACUGUGCCCCAGAACAUAUCUGACAACUGCAAAGACACACUUAUAGCUGCACAACAGCUUAUUUUUAACUUUACAGCGUAACAGCCACUAAAGUAAUACAGCAAAAGAAGACAAACUGACAUGGAUAUUCAACGAACUGCCUCCUUGUUGGGGUCUCCAGGCUCCAUGGAGAGCCUUGAGAAACAGCUGAGCUGCCCGAUCUGUCUGGACAUGUUCACCAAACCAGUGGUGAUCUUACCCUGCCAACACAACUUGUGCCGAGGAUGUGCUAGCGAUCUCUACGACUCUAGAAAUCCGUAUCGGUUCUCCGGUGGUGUCUUCAGGUGCCCUACUUGCCGCUUCGAAGUGGUUCUCGAUCGUCACGGCGUACAUGGACUUCAAAGGAAUCUUCUGGUAGAGAACAUAAUUGAUAUAUACAAACAGCAACAAGAGGGUGGAGGUGGCAGUGUAACCCAAGAAACGUCUAUAAAACCCAAAAACACCCAGGAGCUAAUGUGCCAAGAGCACGAGGAUGAGAAGAUCAACAUCUACUGCGUUACCCACCAAGUUCCCACUUGCUCUAUGUGUAAGGUUUUCGGAGAACAUAAAGACUGCGAGGUGUCGCCACUCGCUAGUGUCUACCAGGCUCAAAAGGGGGAGCUGAGCAAUGCUAUUGACGGUCUGGUGGCAGGGAACGGCCGCCUUCAGGCUUUGCUCAACCAGAUGGAGGAGGCCUGCACGGCCGUCCAGGAUAACGCUCAACAGGCUAAGCAGAAGCUGGGCGAACGUUUUGAUUCAUUGUAUGCUGCUCUUGAGGAGCGAAAAAAUGCUCUGUUGGAACGUAUUGGUAAAGAGCAGGAUGAGAAGGUGGCUGCCCUCAGGGCUUUGGCUAGGCGUUACGGAGAUCGUCUUCAAGCAGCCACGGAGUUGACAGACACAGCGGUGCGCGCGCUGGAACAAAGCGGUGCCGCAGAGUUCCUGCAGGCCUCGAAGAACCUGAUCGUGCAGACAAAGGAUGCGGCGAAGAGCUCGCUGGCUGAAGAAAGACCAGAGCCGGGCUUUGAACGAAUGGACCAUUUCACUUUGAAUACAGAUCAUGUGGAGACUUUGUUGUCUAAAAUGGACUUUGGGGGAGAUGAUGAGGAUGAAUAUGAAGAUGCUGAGGAUGAGGAGGAAGAGGAGUGAACUGGUGAUGAAAUGAGACGUGAGAAAGGACGAGGUCAAGAUGGCUGCAGAUACAAGGACAGUAAACGCGACGACAUGGGUUUCUGAAGAUUUUAUGUUUGGUUAUCGCUGCUAAGCAGUGUCAGAAUUUCAACUCAUACUUCAACUCUGUUGUAUUUAGGUGCCAUUUUUAUACUUUUUUAAUUGUUAAUAUCCUUCUGUUGUCACUUUAGAAACGAUCUUUUACACUUUUAUCCAAUACUCUGAGAAUGAGAGAUUACAUAUGGUUCAUUUUAAUGUUUCACAUAAUACAUUCAAAAGUUUAUAGAGAGCUGUAUUAUUAGUUUACUUAAAUGUGGGCGUUAUGCUUUAAUAUAAAAUAAAAUGUUUAAAUGAUGUUGUUAUUGAGUUGUUUUUUAAGAUGUGUCAAAACAUGAAGUACACAAUUAAGCAUAUAGUUUACAUAGAGUUUCUAUUAACUGUUUAAAUGUCAGUUCUGUGCCUCGAGCAAAGCACUCUUUGCGAUCAACUUUCAUCCCUGGUUCAAGGCACAUGCUAUUUUUAAAUGGUAAGAGGACAAGAUAUGGCCGGGGGCCUUGGGGUGGAUUACCAGAAUAGAACAGAUGCACAGAGCUCCCACCCCCUCGGCAUUGCCUUUCUCAAAAGCUCCUGCUGUUGGUCAACAUGAAUCCAGUUCCUGAUUUCUACCAAGACUUGCAAAAGUAAUCAUGCAAUCGUCGAAAAAAUUUAUUUGAGCCCCCUUAGUAUUUAAGUCGUCUUGUUAAUCAUGAAUUGCAAAGGCAAAACACAUUUAACACAUUUGACGCCUUUAACUUUCAUUUCUUUGUGUAGAGGUCAUGCUUGUAUGACGUGCUUGUCAGAGUGUUCCAAACAUCAUAAUUGUAAUCACGGCUGACCCCUCAGUGUUGCAUUCAAGUAGCUGUUAGUAAACAGAGAGUGUUGCUAUGAGUGUUGAUGUUAAGUUCAAGGUCUAAAAGUGUUUGAUGGAUCUGUUAGCAAGUUCUGCAUUAGGCUAUCACAAGUGUGGUAAAUAUAUUACUUGACAGCACAAUUUAACAUUAAAAACCAAAAGCAACAGUUGUCUCCUCAGUUUGUAAUUAUUUAUAAGGCACACAGUAACCCGGACGCAGCAAAUCAUUUUGACAGUUUUUUUGACAAAUUAAAUAUAAAUAUGUCUUUUAAUAACAUACUGUCUAUAUUUACAAAUUGCCUGUUCGUGACAUUUGAACGCCGUUUCUUACCUUAAAACCGACAGCUUUUCCUCACGGAAUAAAAUAAAUAAAAUAUUUCAAAUUCACAUUUCAUGUCCAGUUUUUUUCUCAUGUGCCAAGAAGCCGUGUAAUAAGCGGGAUAAUGUACAAGCAGCCUGCUGUUAUCACGAAAUAAGCCGCUUCAGUGUGAUACAAGGGGUCACACUGUCGGGGCUUAUUUCUACCUGUACAUUAUCCCUUACUUAACUACAUUAGUUUGUAUAAAGUAACAAACGGUGCAACUUUUAUUCAUCUUAGUUGAAUUAAUGGUCAUAUUAAAAAAAAAAACAUUGUAUUGGUGUUAAGUAACUCGUCUGUCUACAUCAGACACAACAUGACAAACUCAAAAAUCACAUCCAAUCAGAAGAGGGUGUGGGCGGAGCUCUCUCUGCAAACACACUGCUGUCCUGCACUUACAUAGAAAAUGUACAUAAUCAAAUUAUUAAAUAAAACAAUUUUACAUUAUUAACACAGAUUCUCUCUGACUGAUACACUGUCUUUGUCAAGAAUUACAGUUGUUCCUAUACUUUGAACAUUUUUUU